GGGGCGGAAGUGAAAACUCGUGUCUUCCUUUCCCGUCCUAUGGUCCCGUCCCUUGCGCCACACUUCGCUCAGAUAUCGCUACACGGACUGGACCUGGUGCCGCUGUGCUGACUGGCUUCAGGACCGCGAUGGAUCACAGUGGAGCCAGUGAGCUGCCUGGACGAGCUAGAAGACCCUCCAGUCAUUCCUCUGGGACACCCGUUACUGCAAAGGGACAAGCAGCACCGAGUGGUCAAAGGCCCCAAGUGAAGAUAAUUCCCUUCCACAGCUCAGCCAUCCUCAACAGUGAUGCUGCUCUCAGCAGCACACGACCAGCAGCAGCUUCAGGGAGACUGCUGGCGACUCCUGGCAGCCCCUUUCUGGACACACUUGGGCGGCUGUCUGGUCCACAUGUCAGAGGGAGACUCUCUGCUGCUGGGAGCUCAGAGGAACUGACUCCCACUUCAGAGUCUGUACUGUCCCAACCAAAAGAAAAAGCCCAAGGAAGUCUUCUUGCUGUCAAGCUUCCAGCCAGGAAGGCACCAAAGUCAAGUAAAGAGCUUCGUCACGGCCGCGGAUGCAAAGAGAGCAGAGCUGUCUCCGCCUCCAUCAAGCCUCAGUCCGCUGUGAAGAGAAGGAAGCGGAAGAUGGGAAUGUACAACCUGGUCCCCAAGAAGAAGGCCAAGGCCCUCAAACAGCAGGACAAGAAAGAGGAACCAGGACCCAGUGUGGAGAAGAACAGAGCUGCAGCAGAUGAGGAACCAAGGAUUCUGCCAGAGACACGAAAGGCCAGUGAACCAACAGCCACCAGGAAUGAAUCGUUGGAGUUGGAACCUGGAGAAGGCUGCCAUGUUGAAUACACAGAGCUGGCCUUGGACUGUCUCGAUCUGAAAGCUCAGGAAGAGCUGCUCUCUCCUCCCUUGUCAGGAGUAGCAGCAGAUGCUGAGGUGACAGAAACAGACCUGGCCGAGGAGUUACCACUGUGCUGCUGUCGUAUGGAGACUCCUCGCAGCGGAGGCAACGUGUCCACGCUGGAUCAGAGCUGCAUGGCCAUGGAGAGCAUGGAUGGAAUGCUGGUUCGUUGCCAGAGGCGAGUGAAGAAGCAGGAAAUGAUGCGACCCUCGAACACGGUCCAUCUGCUAAUUCUGUGCGAGGACCACCGGGCCGGCAUGGUCAAGCACCACUGCUGCCCUGGCUGUGGACUCUUCUGCAGGGCGGGCACCUUCAUGGAGUGCAGGCCGUACGGCAGCAUCUCCCACCGCUUUCACCGUGACUGUGCCUCCAUCUUGAGGGAUCUCAGGUUUUGCCCUCAUUGCGGCGAGGAUGCCAGCGGUGCAAUGGAGGUCACAGUGUCUAAGGCUGAUCCGUCUCCCUCUGUACCCAGAUCAAACCCUGGGCCGGCACACCCAGUCGUGGCCCCUGUGGCCACCCUGCCAUCAGUACCAACCACUCCUGCUGUUCCACAGAUACUCAGAGCUAAGAAGACCAGUGAGCCCCAGAGGAGCAGAGAUGAGAGCCCAAGCAGUGUAAAUAGCGAGGCUGUGUGUGUUGCGGACAGACAACCUAAAGAGUCUCUGGAGAGCAUCCUGAUGGCACUGGAUGAUGAGAACCUGAAACCAAAGAGAGUCAAGUACCCCCCCCGGCAGCUCUACAUCUCUGCAAAAGAAGGAGAGCUCCAGAAGGUUGUUCAUCUCCUAGUUGAUGGGAAGGACCCUAACUUUUUGAUGGACGGUCAAAACAAAGGUACCCCUCUCCAUGCAGCCGCUGCUGAGGGUCACCAGGAGAUCUGCCACAUGCUGGUCCAGGCUGGAGCCAACCUGGACAUGUUUGAUGAGCAGCAGAGAACACCACUGAUGGCAGCCUGUGAAAACAGCCAUCUAGACACAGUGAAGUACCUGCUGAGAGCCGGAGCAGUCGUCGGCCACAAGGAUAUCAUUGGUUUCACCUGUCUGCACCUGGCAGCUAAACUGGGACAUUGUGAUAUUGUCCAUCAUCUGCUCUCCAAAGCAUCCAAAUAUGUCAACUGUCAGGAUGACGGGGGAUGGACUCCCAUCACAUGGGCUGUUGAGUACAAGCACAAGGAGCUGGUCCAGCUGCUGCUGGCAAGAGGGGCCGAUGUUAACAUCAGAGACAAGGAAGAGAAUGUGUGCCUGCACUGGGCAGCGCUUUCGGGCUGUGAUGACGUCGCCCUGGCUCUGCUGGAGGCUCGAUGUGACCUCAAUGCUGUUAACGUUCAUGGGGACUCAGUGCUUCAUGUUGCUGCCAGGGAGAACCACCUGGAGUGUGUGAUGUUGUUUCUAUCUCGUGGAGCUGACAUCAAUCAGAAGAACAAGGAGCGAGAGACGGCUCUGGACUGCUGCGUCUACGGCUCCAAGGUGUGGACAGCCCUGAACACCAACAAGAAGCUGACUGAUGCCAGGAGAGGCAGGGACAGCCAUGGAGAAAGAGUGCUCAGCAGGGACAUUUCUCGGGGGUACGAGGCAGUUCCUAUUACCUGUGUUAAUGGUGUUGACAGCGAGCCAAGCCCUGACAACUUUAAGUACAUCCCUGACAACUGCGUCACCUCCCCACUGAACAUAGACAGGGACAUCACUCAUUUACAGCACUGUAGCUGUACAGACGACUGCUCAUCCAGUACCUGCAUGUGUGGUCAGCUCAGCCUACAAUGUUGGUAUGACAGAAGGUCGAACUACCAUCUAGACUUCUGUCAGAGGGAGCCCCCAGUGCUGUUUGAGUGUAACCACGCCUGCUCCUGUUGGAGGACCUGCAGGAACCGAGUGGUCCAGAAUGGACUAAGAGCCCGGCUGCAGCUCUUCAGGACACAGAAGAUGGGCUGGGGAGUGAGGGCCAUGCAGGAUAUCCCUCAGGGAACAUUCAUUUGCGAGUAUGUCGGGGAGAUCAUCACUGAUGCAGAGGCCGAUAAAAGGGAGAAUGACUCUUUCCUCUUCACUCUCGAGAAUAAGGUCGGAGACGUACAUUGUAUUGAUGCGAGACUCUUUGGUAACAUCGGCCGCUUCAUCAACCAUCUGUGUGAGCCUAAUCUGUUGGCUGUGAGGGUGUUCACCAUGCACCAGGAUCUACGCUUCCCCAGGAUAGCCUUCUUCUCCAGCAAGUCCAUCAAAGCUGGAGACCAGAUAGGGUUUGACUAUGGCGAUCACUACUGGAGGGUGAAGAGCAAGUACUUCAGCUGCCAGUGUGGGUCUUUUAAGUGUUGCCAAUCAGCAGGUAGCGGAUAGAAACCUACCAAUCCGUCUCUGCCUGGAUGCAUUCUGUGGCUUUGAUGUCUUCAAUGUCAGAAACACUGUCUUCUGAACCUGAUGCCACUUAACAGUGAUGCUUUGAUUAGGUGAACACCAAUGGGAUUUUCUUGAAUUCCCAGUUCUAAAGCAACUUUCACAAACAUUGUGAAAAUUCAUCAUUGCAGAGCACAGGAUCUAACUUAUUUAUACACCUUAUGAGGUCACUUUUCUAUAUGAAGGACCCUGUAGCUCGCCACCAGGCAGAAAUACUGUAUGUCAGAGUGGUAAAAUCAUAUUUGCAUUCAUGGACUCUUCCUUUAAUACUGCAAUUUGUAAUAUUUGUGGAGUAAUGAAGUGAAGUAAUGUUUUUGUAAUCUGAAACGAUUUUACUACAUGUCUAAUUGGUAAUUAAACACGUUUUAAAGCUUU